AUGGCGGCGUUGAAGCGAAUCCACAAAGAGUUGGAAGCGUUGCGCAAAGACCCGCCGCCGCGGUGUACGGCCGGACCCGUUGGCGACGACCCGUUCUCGUGGAGGGGCUCUAUAGAGGGUCCGCCCGACUCGCCAUACGAGGGCGGAGUGUUUGAGUUGACCAUCAAAAGAAGCAGUGGACAGCUCUUCUCCGACCCGAACCCGGAGGACCCACUCGUGCCCGACAUCGCCAACCAAUUCAAGACAAACCGACCGAAGUUUGAUUCAAUGGCCAAACUAUGGACACAAAAGUACGCCAAACCCGGGGUUCAGCCCAACAGCUCCUCCUCUGUGGCCGACGACAGUCAAAGUGAGAGCUCUGGCAGUGAAAGCGAUGGCCAGUAA